AUUUCUUACCAACUGAAAAUGGAAAGUGAGGUUUCUGUUGUAUUUGUUAUCAAAAUCUAACGGUAACCGGUAACAAUCUCACGCAACCGGAAGUUACAGACUCGCCAAAGGAUUGUGGGAAGUCAGGCUGUCAGUGUUCGUCCUUGUGCCUUUACGUAAAGCUCGAACGUUUGCCAAAAUGUACAGACAAUUUAUGGGUGUUUGGCAGCUAUCCAGGCGGACCAUCACUAGCAGUGCCCGCAGACAGAUUGAUAACACUGUAAAGGACAAGCAAAAACUCUUUCAGGCAGAUAAUGGUAUACCUGUUCAUCUGAAGGGUGGGUCAAAGGACGCGCUUCUCUACAGAGCCACAAUGACUCUCACUGUGUUUGGGAGUGGAUAUGUUGUAUACGAGCUGUUUACUGCUGCAAUGCCCAGGAAGGCACAGUGAAACAGGAAUGUGUCCUGCAGGACAUGACUGUCUAAUAAAGCAACUACUCAGCUGCUGCAUGUAUUUCAUCAAGUCUCUGUUGUACAGAUUUCAAUAUAAUUCAAUGUUUGAAAUCUUAUUUCUUUGAUUGUAUAAAUCAUGAGUUGAAAAUAAUAAUAAAUAUAUAUAUUCUGAAA